AUGACUCGGAGGCGGAGCAGGCCGAGCGGCGGCGCGGGCCGGCGCGAGCGGGCGCGGGCCACGGGGCCGCAGAAGCCCCAGGCGCCGGAGCCCCCACCGCCGCCGAGCCUGGAAGCGGGAGCGGGUGAAGGGCCCCCGGAGGCGCCGGCGGAGCCCUACCGCGACGGCCCCAGGGAGGAGGACGAGCCCGAGCUGGCGCCCGGCCCCCAGGUUCCCCCUACCACCAGCCAGUCUGUGCAGACUUGCUGCCUGCUGUGUCACCGGGAACGCAAAGGCUGGGAAGAAGGCCCUUCCCAGAACGGACUGGUGUUGCAGGGUGAGAAGCUGCCCCCUGACUUCAUGCCAAAGCUCGUCAAGAAUCUCCUAGGCGAGAUGCCUCUGUGGGUCUGCCAGAGUUGCCGAAAGAGCAUGGAGGAAGAUGAAAGGCAGACAGGUCGAGAACAUGCAGUGGCGAUCUCCUUGUCACACACAUCCUGCAAAUCACAGUCUUGUGGGGGUGAUUCUCAUUCCUCUUCGUCCUCCUCUUCGUCGUCCUCUUCCUCGUCCUCCUCCUGCCAUGGGAACUCAGGGGACUGGGAUCCUAGUUCGUUCCUGUCAGCACAUAAGCUCUCGGGCCUCUGGAACUCCCCGCACUCCAGCGGGGCCCUGCCAGGUGGCUCACUCGGGAGCCCUCCUACAAUCCCUGGUGAGGUUUUCCCCAUCUCGGAGCACCACCGGCACUCAGACCUCACUGCUCCACCUAACAGCCCCACCGGCCACCACCCCCAGCCAGCGCCGCUGAUCCCAUCUCACCCCGGAUCCUUUGGCUCACCACCCCACCCGCACCUGCUGCCCACCACCCCAGCAGUGCAUUUCCCUGCCCAGGUUUCAGAAUGCCCUGUUGCCGUGGCUGCUGCCCCCCACACCCCAGGGCCAUGUCAGAGCCCCCACCUUCCCUCCACCAGCAUGCCGCUCCUGAAGAUGCCUCCUCCAUUCUCGGGUUGCAGCCACCCCUGUAGUGGUCACUGCAGCGGGCACUGCAGCGGGCCCCUCCUCCCACCACCCAGCUCUCAGCAGCUCCCUAGCACGCACAGCAGGGACCCUGGGUGCAAGGGGCACAAGUUUACCCACAGUGGCCUGACGUGCCAGCUUCCCCAGCCAUGCGAGGCAGACGAGGGGCUGGGCGAGGAAGAGGACAGCAGCUCAGAGCGUAGCUCCUGCACCUCAUCCUCCACCCACCAGCGAGAUGGGAAGUUCUGUGACUGCUGCUACUGUGAGUUCUUCGGCCACAAUGCGCCACCCGCUGCCCCGACGAGUCGGAAUUAUACCGAGAUCCGAGAGAAGCUUCGCUCAAGGCUGACCAGGCGCAAAGAGGAGCUGCCCAUGAAGGGGGGCGCCCUGGGCGGGAUCCCUGGGGAGCCCGCCGUGGACCAUCGAGAUGUGGAUGAGCUGCUGGAAUUCAUCAACAGCACGGAGCCCAAAGUCCCCAACAGCGCCAGGGCUGCCAAGCGGGCCCGGCACAAGCUGAAAAAGAAGGAAAAGGAGAAGGCCCAGUUGGCAGCGGAAGCUCUGAAGCAAGCAAAUCGUAGUGUUUCUGGAAGCCGGGAGCUGAGGCCUGCCAGGGAGAGUCUUUUGGGGUGGCCCGAUCGGGAGCUGGAUCGGGUCAACAGCUUUCUGAACAGCCGUCUACAGGAGAUCAAGAACACUGUCAAGGACUCCAUCUGUGCCAGCUUCAGUAUGUGUGAGCUCAGCGUGGACAGCAAUGGCUUCUCUAAGGAAGGGGCCACUGAGCCAAAACCUCAGAGUCUAGCCCCCUCAAACCCCAGUGGCUCCUCAGAACAAAGGCCUGACAUUAACCUUGACCUGUCCCCUUUGACUUUGGGCUCCCCUCAGAACCAUAUGUUGCAAGCUCCAGGAGAGCCAGCCCCACCAUGGGCAGAAAUGAGAAGUCCCCACCCACCAUGGACAGAAGUGAAGGGCCCCCCUCCUGGUAUCCCUGAGAAUGGGCUAGUGAGGAGGCUCAACACCGUGCCCAACCUGUCCCGGAUGAUCUGGGUCAAGACACCCAAGCCAGGUAACCCUGGCUCUGAGGAGCCAAGCAUAAAGGAGGCCCCUGGUUGCAAGCAGGAGCUGUCUGAGCCUGUGGCCUCAGGUGGGAAGCCACGGAAGGGCAGGAGACAGGGUAGUCAGGCCAAGAAGAACGAGGUGAGCCCAGCUUCCCAGCCCCCAGCCUGCCUUGAGACUCCCAGUGCCAAGGGCCAGGCCCCUAGCCCCAAGCAGCCAAGCAAGGCCCCAGAGCCUCCCAGAGUGGACAGCGGUGCUGAAGCUGGAGAAGGGAGCCAGGGGACCCGACCAGGACCAGGCUGGGCUGACAGCCCCAAAGCUGACAAGGAGAAGGGCAGCUCCUGGCGAAACUGGCCAGGUGAAGCCAAGGCACGGCCUCUGGAGCAGGAGUCUGGACACCCCCCAGGCCCAGCAAGGCCGCAGACCUUGCAACAGGGCAAGGGCCGCAGCCGCCGGAGCCGCAACAAGCAGGAGAAGUCCACCGCCUCCUUGGACGAUGUGUUCCUGCCCAAGGACAUGGAUGGGGUGGAGAUGGAUGAGACUGACCGGGAGGUGGAGUACUUCAAGAGGUUCUGUCUGGAUUCUGCAAAGCAGACGCGUCAGAAAGUUGCUGUGAAUUGGACCAACUUCAGCCUCAAGAAAACCACUCCCAGCACAGCUCAGUGA